GCUAACGUCGCUGCUCUCCUCGUUUAUUUGACUACGCUAGUGACGCGUCGCUGGCUGUCAGCUUUCUGCUCAGCGGCUAACGGCUAGCUGCGGCUAGCUGUAUCCGACUGAGCAGAGCACCGCCUUCACAAACGCCUACUUACGCCAGCUAUUAACAUGCCCCUGCGGGGUGGUGAGGGUGGGUAGUCAAUUAUAAAGGCGUCCCGGGUCUUAGCAAGUUUAUGGAGGCAUUAAUAGCGCGAGUUCAUGUUGCUAACUUCGCUGGCUAGCUCACCGUGCCUCUCCCUAUGGUAACCAGGCUGUCUGUGUGAGCGAGGAUAAAACCACUUAAUGUCAGCUCUCUCGUAUGCUUCUCCCCCACGUUAAAGGGACUAUUAUAUUAUAUGCAGAUCCGAGUGCAACACGUUGAGGUCAACUCUGGGUAAUGCUGCCGGGGUGUCAACUUCUGCUGCAUCGGCAGACUAGCAAAAACCAGAUAAAGGUGGAUCUGGUGGAUGAGAACUUCACAGAACUUAAAGGGGAGAUCGCAGGACCACCUGACACACCAUAUGAAGGAGGUAGAUAUCAACUAGAAAUUAAAAUUCCAGAGACGUAUCCAUUCAAUCCACCAAAGGUGCGGUUUAUCACAAAGAUCUGGCAUCCUAACAUCAGCUCAGUCACAGGUGCAAUAUGUCUGGACAUUCUUAAAGACCAGUGGGCAGCAGCUAUGACACUGAGGACAGUCCUCCUGUCGCUACAAGCCUUAUUGGCUGCUGCAGAACCAGAUGAUCCACAAGAUGCAGUGGUAGCCAAUCAGUACAAGCAGAACCCCGAGAUGUUCAAACAGACCGCGAGGCUCUGGUCUCACGUCUAUGCAGGCGCCCCCGUCUCAAGUCCGGAGUACACACGCAAAAUAGACAAACUCUGUGCCAUGGGCUUUGAAAAAAAUGCAGUUAUAGUGGCGUUGUCGUCGAAAUCCUGGGACGUGGAAACGGCGACAGAGCUACUGCUCAGUAACUGAAUCUUGGCACCAUCUUCCUCCUGAUCCUUGCCCCACGCCCUCUCUCUUCUGAGUCCCUGGAACCCCCCCCCCAUCUAUCCCCUCUGUGUGGCAUCUCCCUCCCUGAUCAUCACCCACUCUGUACAAAAGUCCAAUCAGUCGCUCUGUGAGCUCCUAUAUCUGGUUUCCUCAAGUUCAUUCAACUCAUUGAUACAAUCAGAACGUCUGCCACACCGUCACACCUUUUUGAAGCAAAUUUCGGACCCCGCCCUCCACUCUCCCAGCUUUUCGGCUGUCAGCGGCUUAUCCUUGCCUAUGCAGUGCAUUUACUUUCAUUUGAGAAAACCUUUUGUAGGAGCAAGUCCAGCAUUUUGAGGAGGGUCUUUUGGACCUGAUCAUUAUUUUUCCGCCUGUUUUAUAAAGAGUGAUUGAGACAAGUUCUAGAUGAAAGAAAGUUCUAUGUACCUCUUUAUGGUUGAGUGUUCAACAUCACUUGAUCACUCAUGACAUUCACAAUCAACAUUUUGAGGGAACUCUAAACUCUCAUUUUUGGUCCCCUCAGAAUCUAUAUUUUGUGCCAUCACCUGGGUUUUUUUGGCGGGGCACUGCAAUCUUUUUUUUAUUUUAGGUAGAAUGUGGAUAUUCAAAUAUAUAUGUGCUGUAAAGUAAAUAAAGUGCGCUGGGUAGCAAACUGUUACCGUGUUCUACAGACACUGCAGAAAGAGGCGUAUUGCUGUACAGGAACAAGCUCAUAAGAGUCCCAGAGGUGUUCACGUUGUAGCCACACUCCAUUUUCAUGAACAUAUUUCCCUGCUUCAGCUGUCUGACAAACCCAAAGCACUCGCGCCGAACUCCAGCUUCAAUCCCUACACCUGUUCAUGGCUCAAUUCACCUGUCCGUUUCCCUGCAUUUUAAAUGUUUUUUUAUUUGCUUCUGGUCUCCUGCAGGAAUACAUUUGAAUUCUUGUUUUUAAACAAACAAAUCAAAACAUGUUCACCAGUUAUACAACCUGUGAGCGGUCUGGAUGGAAAAAUAGUUCAAAAUGAGUUUGAAAAAUAUUGCGUCAUAAAUACACCAACAGACAUAUGUCAAAAUGAUUAAUCUGUAAAUAAAGAUAUUGAAGUCUGUGUAAAGUAA